AGUCAACUUUUUGUUGAUGCGGAAGCAGAGAGACAUUUAGGAUGUUUUGCGAUUGAAGUUGUUGUAUAAUGAUACAUACGUAGCAGGUAACAGGAAAACAAUAGUUUACAGUUGUAUCUAAAGCGACAGGCUGAAAUCCAAAGCUAAUGGCUGGUGGUAAUUUACAGAAAGCUAUAGAUCUCGCCAGCAAAGCUGCAGCGGAGGACAAAGCUAAAAACUACGAAGAGGCCCUCAAAUUGUACCAGAAUUCAGUGCAAUACUUCCUCCAUGUUGUCAAGUAUGAGUCCCAGGGGGAUCGGGCGGCGCAGAGCAUCAGAGCCAAGUGUGUCGAAUACCUGGACAGAGCCGAGAAGCUGAAGGAAUAUCUGAAGAAGAAGGAGAAGGCUCCUCCGGCCAAACCCGUCAAAGAGUCUGAUGACAAAGGGGAUGAAAGUGGUGACGGGGAUGACGCUGAGAAAAAGAAGUUCAAAGAUCAACUCUCAGGUGCCAUUGUCAUGGAAAAGCCUAACAUUAAGUGGGACGAUGUAGCCGGACUCGAGGGGGCCAAAGAAGCCUUAAAAGAAGCCGUGAUCCUGCCCAUUAAAUUCCCUCAUCUGUUCAAAGGAAAGCGAACUCCUUGGAGGGGGAUCCUUCUGUUUGGCCCUCCAGGAACAGGGAAAUCCUACCUGGCAAAGGCGGUGGCCACGGAAGCCAACAACUCCACCUUCUUCUCCAUCUCCUCCUCCGACCUCGUGUCCAAGUGGUUGGGUGAAAGUGAAAAGUUGGUGAAGAACUUGUUCACUUUAGCCCGAGAACACAAGCCAUCGAUCAUUUUCAUCGACGAGAUCGACUCUCUCUGCGGCUCCAGGAGCGAGACCGAGAGUGAAGCGGCGCGUAGGAUCAAGACAGAGUUCCUCGUCCAGAUGCAAGGUGUUGGAAAUGAUAAUGAGGGAAUCCUGGUCCUGGGAGCCACAAACAUCCCAUGGACAUUGGACUCGGCAAUCAGGAGAAGGUUUGAAAAGCGAAUCUACAUUCCUCUGCCAGAGGAGCACGCUCGCUCCUUCAUGUUCAAACUGCAUCUUGGCUCCACCCCCAACAACAUGACGGAGCCGGACUUCAUCACUCUGGGCAAAAAGACAGAGGGAUACUCUGGGGCGGACAUCAGUGUUAUCGUUAGGGACGCCCUCAUGCAGCCUGUUCGGGAGGUUCAGUCAACCACUCACUUCAAAAAGGUUAAGGGGUCAUCAUGGAAAGAUCCCGACAUUGUGGUGGAAGACCUCCUGACUCCGUGUUCACCGGAUGAUCCCAACGCCAUAGAGAUGACGUGGAUGGACGUUCCUGGGGAGAAACUGCUAGAGCCAGUCGUGUCCAUGCCGUACAUGCUGAAGUCGCUGACAAACACCAAGCCGACCGUGAAUGAUCAGGACUUGGAUAAGCUGAAGAAGUUCACCGAGGAUUUUGGUCAAGAAGGCUAAUAAUGCUCACUCUCACCAUUAAUAAGACCGCAACUAACAAAUGUUUUCACUGUCAAUUAUGCUUGUGAUUAUUCGAUUAAUCCUUUGUGUCAAAAAUGUUGGAAAUGUCCCUCACAGGUUACCGGAGCCCAAAGAUCAUAAUUUAUUCUGAUUUGUGGUAAAAAAAGAAAAGUGCCUGAAGAUUAAUCGAUGAUCACAAUCUUAAUUGAUGACUUUUUUGCGAAUCGACUGUUUCAAUACUGUUUAUCACUAACUUGUCAAUCCACUGAUAUUACAUCUACACAUUUGUAAGCUUUCAUAUUUCUCUUUGGUUUUAUUUUGCAUGUCUCACACCAAAGUGAUGAUAAUAUUUGUUUUAAAGAAAACUUUACUACCAUUACUGUUCUGGAGUAUUUACAGUAGAUGGUGAUGCUACAGUGGGUACAUGCACAUUUUCAACACUACAUACCUCCUAAUAUAGUCCAAGGGGGAUUAUAUUUUACACACACACGUUUCUAUCGAGUUAUUAAAUGUUACAGGAAACAUUAAAUAUUGUAUAAUACUGUUUAAAGCGUUCUAAAUUCUGCCUAUGCAUACAUUUUCUACACUUAUGUUAUGUUCUGAUUUAGUUAUAGAUCCUGUCAAUAUGCUCAGUGGGUUUGAAAUGUGUCUUUUUUUAAAGUGUCUUUGGGGGUUUAUUGGUUACUUACUGGUUGAAUAGAUGAAACUGGUUAUUGUGGCCAUUUGCACUUUUGUUGUAUCCUACACGACAUGUUCUGUGAACGAAAGUCUCAGGGUGAAAUAAAUAACUCAAAACAAAAA